AUGCAGCGACGAAACGUGUUUCCUAAUGAACUGAAGCGGCUGCUGAAGUGCGCGCCGGAACAAAUCGCGCGACCGAGCGACGCGAAUGACUUUAAUCUCAUCGUCACGGUGACGCUGAGCACGAGCUUGUUGGCCACGGUGGUGGGGGCGACGCUUCCGGGGGAUUGGGGGGCGUUCGGGGCGUAUUUGAUCGGGGGGAUUUCGUUGGCGGUGCUCGCGGUGGGGUCGACGGCGCCCGGGUUGCUGCGCGUGGCGACGGAUCGGUUGGCGAGGGUGAACCCGGAGUACCGACGAAGGAUCGCGAGACACGAGGCUGGGCACUUUUUGGUAGGGUACGCGCUGGGCGUGCCCGUGGGGUCGUACGAUCUCGGCAUCGAUCAGUCGCACGUGAAUUUUAUGGAGUCCAAGCUGGAGCGGAAAAUUUUUCAAGGCGCGAAACUGAGCGAAAGCGAGAUGCUCCCGCUCGCCGUGGUGAGCAUGUCUGGCGUCGCGGCGGAAGCGAUGGAGUUCGACGAAGUCAUGGGUCAGAGCGCGGAUCUGUACGAUUUGCAGAGAAUUCUCAACCGAGUCGACCCGAAGCUCUCCGACGCGUCGCAGCAAGAGCUCACGCGAUGGGCCGUCUUCCAAGCCGCGAGCAUUCUUAAGACGAAUAAGAGCGCGUGGGACACGUUGACGGAAAAGAUGCUCGAUGGCGCGAGCGUCGUGGAGUGCUUGAAGACGAUCGAAAGCACCGCGCCGUAA